UAAAUGAAUGAAUCAGGUUGAAGUUUUUUAAAUAGUUACUAGUCAACUAAAUGCUGAUAGAUCAUUGGAAUAUUGUGUCAUUAUUUUAAUCAGGAAAAAAUGAAGCUUACCUUCAUUUGUUUCACAUCUCUGUUCCUGUUUGCGGAAGGGCAAUUUGGAGGAGUGUUUCCCAAACUACAACUGUCGCCAAAAUCAUAUUCCAUACCCAAUCCCCAACGUAUCAAGGGGUCUUUAUCUUUUGGAGUAGGCUCACGUGACACUCCGGCUGCUCAUGUGGGUGUGCAUAUUGCGAACCCAGUUCCAGCAACUCUUUUUACAGUGCCACCAAAUAUUCCUACCAUAGGCGUCCCUGUCACUCAACAUAUUCCGAUACCUUCUGCAGUUGUUGUUAAAAUUCCCGCCUCUUCUAAUGAGCAAAAGAUGCAAGAGGAAUGGAAUUCAUUUAGAACCACAUUCAAUAAGGUUUAUCCGACCGCGGAGGAAGAAGCCCUUCGAAGGGAAAUUUUCUUCGAAAACAGGGCAAAAAUUGAUCGUCUGAAUGAUGAAUACUCUCAAGGCAGAAGAAGUUACGUCCAGAGACUUAAUCCCUUUGCAGAUCUUUUACUUCACGAGUUCACUAGAGCUUUCAACGGGUACAAUAGGUCUACCAGCACUCCUAGAGUCAGCAUUCCACAAUCAACUGCCUUCAUACCCAGCGCCAAUGUAAUAUUCCCCAAGUCUGUCGACUGGAGAGAAGUUGGAGCAGUCACAGAUGUCAAGUAUCAAGGAAAAUGUGCGGCAUGUUGGGCUUUUGCAGCGUAUGUUAUCCUGAUUGCUUACGUUCGGACGACCUCAAAUCAAUUAACUUCAUUUUAUUUCAAUUUCAGUAAUAAAAUUCCUCCAAUAACUCACAUUUACUUUCUCAUUUUUCCAGGCUACGUCGACAUAGCAGAAAAUGACGAGAAAGGAUUAGAAAUUGCUAUCGCAACUAUUGGUCCAGUGACUGCUGCCAUCGAUGCAGGUCAGGAAACCUUCCAGUUUUACUCUGAGGGUAUAUACGACGAUCCAGCAUGCGGAAAUAAACCGGAACAGAUGAAUCACGCCGUUCUGAUCGUGGGAUACGGACAAGAACCGGACGGCAGGAAGUACUGGCUAAUCAAGAAUUCUUAUGGUCCCCAGUGGGGAAUGGGGGGAUACUUCAAGAUGGCCAAAGAAGCAGGAAACCAGUGUGGGAUAGCUAUUCAAGCGAGUUAUCCUUUGGUUUAAUGAGGUGAAAUAAUGAGGACAAAUAUUCGAUUAUUUCAGAAACGGUUUACAUGUUUAAUUCAAGUGAUGUUCAGGAACAAAUCUGAUGAUUGGUGCAAAACACACUGAUUUCAGUUUAAUGUGUAUUCCCUUCAACGUUAUUUAGGCACCAAUCAUCUUCUAAAUGGAAUCAAAUUCAACUUUCAAUGUUAUCAACUACGGUUAAAAUAUAUUAUCUACCCUUA